AUGUCUUCGACACCCCACCAGACACGCCCAGAAGCUCCAACCCCCACCCAGCGCGUCCCCGUACAAGAUUGGACCACACUUACCGAAGCGCCUCCGUACAACGUCUCCGCCUCCGUCAUGGACACCGCGCUCAAUCACGUCGUCCUGCCCCAAGACAUGGCGCAGGCCGUGUACAACACUAUGAAUGUACUCCUCUUGUUCAACCCGGAAAUCGCCGACAAGUUCAACAAGAGCAUGUUCAGUAGGUAG